AUGGGGAAAUAUACAGCAUUCCCCACCCGGGUGGUUUCUGAAAUCGAAGGUGACGUGAUGCACUUGUUUGUUCAACCCCAAUUGCGAAACAGAGAGAAGCUGAAACGACAAUCACUAACGACUACGAAUGAUGGUGGCAGUAGGCUAAGCGUCGCAUUCCGUGUAGGAAUCAGAAACCUUGUAGCAGAUUCUCCAGAAAUGGGUGCUUUCGGUGUGGACGGAGCCAAAAAG